AUGGACCACGGCAGCUUUCGCCAGGUGCUCCAUAGCGGCCAGGGGUCACUCCCUGGCCGUGCUCCCAACCUGAACCGCAACAGGGAGAGAGGCCAUGCCCUGCUCUAUGCCGAUUACUUUGCGAACACCCCGCUCUUCAAGCCAGAUAAAUUUCGUCGCCGUUUUCGUAUGGCAAGGCAUCUGUUCAAUCGUAUCCGAGAGGGAGUGGUUGCUCAUGACCCAUACUUCGAGUGCAAGACGGAUGCCCUUGGCAAGCUUGGAUUCUCCUCUUACCAGAAGUGCACCGCGGCCAUCGGCAUGCUUGCAUAUGGAAUUCCAGGCGAUCUGGUGGAUGAGUACGUGCGCAUGAGUGAGUCGACAUGUCUGUUGUCACUUUACAAGUUCUACAAGGCUGUGGUGGCAGUGUUUGGCCCUGAGUACUUGAGGCAGCUGUCGCCAAAUGCCACUGAUACAGAAAGCUUGUUGGCGACCAACGCAGCUAGAGGCUUUCCAGGCAUGAUUGGUAGCAUAGAUUGUAUGCACUGGGAGUGGAAGAACUGUCCAUUUUCUUGGCAGGGCCAGUACAAGGGGCAUGUUAAAGCUUGCACUAUCAUAUUAGAAGCGGUGGCUUCGCGAGAAAUAUGGUCAUGGCAUCUGUUCAAUCGUAUCCGAGAGGGAGUGGUUGCUCAUGACCCAUACUUCGAGUGCAAGACGGAUGCCCUUGGCAAGCUUGGAUUCUCCUCUUACCAGAAGUGCACCGCGGCCAUCGGCAUGCUUGCAUAUGGAAUUCCAGGCGAUCUGGUGGAUGAGUACGUGCGCAUGAGUGAGUCGACAUGUCUGUUGUCACUUUACAAGUUCUACAAGGCUGUGGUGGCAGUGUUUGGCCCUGAGUACUUGAGGCAGCUGUCGCCAAAUGCCACUGAUACAGAAAGCUUGUUGGCGACCAACGCAGCUAGAGGCUUUCCAGGCAUGAUUGGUAGCAUAGAUUGUAUGCACUGGGAGUGGAAGAACUGUCCAUUUUCUUGGCAGGGCCAGUACAAGGGGCAUGUUAAAGCUUGCACUAUCAUAUUAGAAGCGGUGGCUUCGCAAGAUCUUUGGAUAUGGCAUUCUUUCUUCGACAUGGCAGGUUCUCACAAUGAUAUCAACGUGCUGCCGCGUUCUCCAGUCUUCGCAAGGCUUGCAGAAGGCCACUCCCCACCUGGCAACUUUGAGAUCAACGGCCACCAGUAUAACAAGGAAUACUACCUAGCUGAUGGUAUAUAUCGGAAGCUUCGGGAGGUGAUGACUGCUUGUGUGAUCAUGCACAACAUAAUCAUCGAGGACGAGCGUGAUAACAGCAUCUUCGACCAAGGAUUUGAUUUUCAAGAUGAAAAUAUUCAGCCCCUGCACCAAGAACCGGCCAUGUUUGAGAAGUUUGCCCAAUUUCAUCGUGAAAUGCAUGAUUGGCACACUCAUUUGGAUCUUCAAAAUGACUUGGUUGAGCACAUGUGGAAUCACAUUGGCAACCAAUAG